GCUGCCCCGCCGCCGCGCCAUGACCCUGAGCUCGGAGAUGUCCGAGGCGUCGGCGCUGGCUGAGGAGACCGACAUCGAUGUGGUGGGCGAGGAGGACGACGAGGAGGACGACGAGGAGCCGCAGACCCGCCGUCGCCGCCGCUCCUACGCCGAGGACGAGGAGGAGGAGGAGGAGGAAGAGGACGAGGAGGAUGUGGGCGACCUCCACGACGCCGCCCUGCUGCCGCGAUCGUCCGUGCGCGGCGGAGGUGGCGGCGGCGGGGCGGGCGGCGGGGACGGUGCCGGCGGCUCUCGGCCCCCCUCGCGGGGUGGCCCCCAGAAGGCGACGGCGAGCGGCGGCGGGGCGGGCGGCGGCGGUGGGGCGGGCGGCGGUGGUAAGAACAGCUUAGUGAAACCGCCCUACUCCUACAUCGCCCUCAUCACCAUGGCCAUCCUGCAGAGCCCCAAGAAGAGGCUGACGCUGAGUGAGAUCUGCGAGUUCAUCAGCGGGCGCUUCCCCUACUACCGAGAGAAGUUCCCCGCCUGGCAGAACAGCAUCCGCCACAACCUCUCCCUCAACGACUGCUUCGUCAAGAUUCCCCGGGAGCCCGGCAAUCCUGGCAAAGGCAACUACUGGACGCUGGACCCCGAAUCUGCCGACAUGUUCGACAACGGGAGCUUCCUGCGCCGCCGAAAGCGCUUCAAGAGGCAGCAGCUCCCGGCUCCCGAGCUUCUACUGCGCGCCGUGGACCCCGCCGCCUUCCUCCCGCAGCCCCCGCCUCAGCCUCCGCAGCAGCCACCCUGCACCUACGGACCCUACGGAUGCGGCUACGGUCUCCAGCUCCAGCCCUACCACCCCCACUCCACUCUCUUCGCCUUCCACCACCCCUCCCCGCCGCCCCGCCAACCGCCCGCCGCCCCUGGCAGCGCCCCCGGUGCGGCGCUGCCCCCCGCCGCCGCCGCGCCGCCGGGCCCCUUGCUGCCGGCGGCGGAGCUGGCACGGACGCCCUUCGGCUACGCGCACCCGCUAGGCACGGCGCUGGCGGCCUCGCUGCACUCUGCCAAGCCCGGCAGCGGCGCGGCGCUGGCCCGCUCGCCGUUCUCCAUCGAGAGCAUCAUCGGGGGGGGGCCCGGCCCCGGCGCGGGCAGCAGCUGCGCCUCGCAGUCGGCCGCGGCACCGGGGCUGGCCCGCUCGCUGGGGAGCGCCGGGGGCGGCGUGCCCCCCGCCGCCGCCCUGCCCGCCGCCCCCGGCUUCGCGGCACGGAUCUCUAACUGUUAAGUGUUUGGGAGUCUUUCCGAAGCGUAAUGUCAAUAUCUAUUUUACGGACUAGAAAUUUUUUAACCACAAAGCCGGCCUCAAAUAUUCAGAACUUGGGCAUGGAAAAGAGAAACAUAAGAUUUUAAGAGUAGCUAUGUGGUUACUUGUUGUGGACUAAGAAUACACGGUUUUCAAACCAGGGAGGCUCUUUUCAAGUACGACUGUAUUUAUAACAAUUGAGGAGACUCGGGGAUCAAUUAUGUGAAUUUUCUUAAUAAAAAGAAUUAUAAAAGGUAGGGAUGCCUUUUAGUGCUCUUUGAAGCGAGGAGGGAAA